AUGAGUCGGGGAAUUGUUCUGAACUACGAAUAUAUUGGCUCACAUAUCAAAGAUUAUAUUCAAGAGGAUACUCUCUUUAGUACAUUCGAAGUAGAAGAUAUCGAAUCAAUCAUGAAAUUCGCGAAUUUAACACCUGAUGACUUCAAUUCUCUUCUUGUGCAAUCUCAUUCUGUCAUUUCAGCAUCCAAAUUGUAUACCUGCACUCGAAAUGCAAAUAUUUCAAUAAACAACUUGCAAGAUGCCAUUUCAACACUUACAUCAGUUCAAAAGUACAUGAAGAUGCGAAUCUUCGAAGGAAUUAUUGGCUUUUUAGAACAAUCACAAAAGGAUCAAUCCAUUACAACAAAUAAAAUCGAAAAACUUCAAGCAGAUUUAAAUCAGAUCCAAAAAGAAAAAGAAAACGUUGAGAAAGAAAUGCAAACUCUUCGCUCUCAACUCAAAGAGAAAGAAGGAAACGAUUUACCAAAAGAAUUUCUUUCGAAAAUUUCCGAACUUAAAAAUUCCAAAAAUUUUGAUCAAAUCUGCAAAUUCUUUGAAGAAAUUUCAGAAAAAGGAAAUCAAAAAAUGAUGCAAAAAGCAUGUGAAGAAGAACUUUGGAAAAUACAAAAUCCUGGUUAUUAUGGUACAAAUGUACUUCAUGAAGCAUCUUACCAAGGAAAUCUAAGACUUGUUAAAUCUCUCAUUGAAUGUGGCUGUGACAAAGAAAUCAAAGACAAAGAUGGAGAUACUCCACUCAUUUAUGCAUCAGAAAAAGGUCAUCUUGAAGUUGUUAAAUAUCUUAUCUCUGUUGGAGCUGAUAAAGAAGCAAAGAAUAGUUUUGGAUGGACUCCACUCAUUUGGGCAUCAAUAUAUGGUCAUCUUGAAGUUGUUCAAUAUCUUAUCUCUGUUGGAGCUGAUAAAGAAGCAAAGGAUAAUAAUGGAUGGACUCCACUCAUUUAUGCAUCAAGAUAUGGUCAACUUGAAGUUGUUAAAUAUCUUACUUCACUUGGAGCUGAUAAAGAAGCAAACAGUAAUGAUUGA